GCUAUAUUAUUUAAAGACUGAAAGAUGCCUCUUUCUUUCAGAAAAAUAAACCAAAAACUAAAGACCUUCCACAAAACAGGAUUAUUUCACAGCUGGAUUAAAAUCUGUGAUCAUGGUGGGACUGAAGCCCUCUGAGGUUCCUCCUCCUCUGGGAGUGAAGGUGCUAAGUGCUGGUACUGCUGCCUGUAUAGCCGACCUGGUUACCUUCCCUCUGGACACAGCUAAAGUCAGAUUACAGAUUCAGGGUGAGAAGAUGACAGUGGGGGCUGCUAAAGACAUACGGUACCGUGGUGUGUUUGGGACCAUCAGCACCAUGGUGAGGACGGAAGGACCACGCUCGCUUUAUAAUGGACUGGUAGCCGGCCUGCACAGACAGAUGGCCUUCGCCUCCAUACGAAUCGGCCUGUACGACAACGUCAAGAGCUUCUACACAGGAGGCAAAGACAACCCCAAUGUUGGUAUCAGGAUCCUGGCUGGCUGCACCACCGGGGCGAUGGCUGUUUCGAUGGCACAGCCCACAGAUGUGGUAAAGGUGCGAUUCCAGGCGCAGAUGAACCUGCAGGGAGUCGCUCGUCGCUAUAACGGCACCAUGCAAGCAUACAGACAGAUCUUCCACCACGAAGGACUCAGAGGGCUCUGGAAAGGAACGUUACCCAACAUCACCAGGAAUGCCUUGGUCAACUGCACAGAGUUGGUGUCUUAUGAUCUAAUCAAAGAAGCCAUUCUUAGACACAAGCUGAUGUCAGACAACCUGCCGUGCCAUUUCCUCUCUGCGUUUGGUGCUGGUUUUAUCACCACUGUGAUCGCCUCUCCAGUGGACGUGGUCAAGACUCGCUACAUGAACUCUCCACCUGGACAGUACAGAAGUGCCGUUAACUGUGCCUGGACAAUGAUGACCAAAGAAGGGCCCACUGCCUUUUACAAAGGAUUCGUACCAUCAUUUCUGAGGCUGGGCUCUUGGAACGUCGUCAUGUUCGUGUCGUUUGAGCAGCUGAAGAGAGCGAUGAUGGUCUCCAGGAACAAAGUAGAAGGAAUAUAAAAUAAUCUGAGAAAAACUGUGCAUCUGUUUUAAUAUAUGGACUCAAAGUUAAACCAGUUGAAGAAGUAGAUGCAGAAUGGAUGAGAAAGAGAAAACGCACGCUGAGCUUUAGUAUUCUGAAACAGAAUGCAAGAGCAGUAUAUAUUUAUACCAUGGUAAUUACGAUCAUUUCUCAGGUUUAUAAUGCUUCAUCAGGUACAAGUCAAGUGUAUUCUGGUAUAACCGGUGGCUGUUAGCUGUAGUUGGCAGGUGGUGAAGUUCGUUCUGAACCUUCCCUUCUAAUAUAAACAGUGCAUUCUUUUACACAACAGCCACUGUAAGCUGCCUUUAUUUUUUGUAAAUUUGUUAUGUAAGACGAAUUAAUCCUUUGUUCAAAAAGGAAUUCCUCAUGUAUUUUUAUUAACAUCUUUGUUCGCUGUAUAUUUACUGUACUGAGUGACCACUAGAAUGCUGGAAGGUUGUAGGAUGUGUUUUUCUAUUUUUGUGAUUGAAUGAUUAGAACAUGAAUGAUUGGAACACUUUUAUAUACAGUAUGGGGACAGUAAGGAAAAUGCAAAUAAAAACCUGCAGUUUCUUACUUUCA